UACACUAGCUAUUAAAUGGCUGAAUACAGUAUUGAACACUUUUGGGAUUUUUCUCAUUCCGCUGUACCUUUCUCUCUUCAGUCUCGCCUAGAAUACCUAGUGAAAUGGAAAGGAUGGGCACUGAAACACAGUACCUGGGAACCAGAAGAGAAUAUCCUGGAUGGCAGACUGAUCGCAGGAUUUGAACAGAAAGAGCGUGAGAGAGAACUCCACGGACCAAAGAAGCGGGGACCCAAACCCAAAAAUCUUCCUGCCAAGGCACGUGGCGCCCAAAAGAGAGAGACCCCCACCACUCGAGCGCCUCGCUCCACUUCUUCCUCCUCUCCUCGAGCCCCUUCAUCCUCCUUCCCCUCCGCCUCUCCAGCACCCUCCCCUAAACUCAACUCCCUAGCAGCGACACACAAGCUGAAGAAAGACAUUCGACGCUGCACUAGUAUGUUCCGCCGCCCCUUACCUCGCCCCGACCCCCUGGCCACUCCCGGAUCCUUCUCCGGCCCCAGUGGGUUCCCCUCACGGCCCCCCGUCUCCCCCUUCUCAGAGACCGUCCGCAUCCUCAAUCGUCGCGUCAAACCACGCGAGGUCAAACGGGGUCGCAUCAUCCUGAACCUCAAGGUCAUCGACAAACCAGGAAGUGGAGGCGGAGGAAGGGGCGGCGGGGGUAACCGGAGGGCGCCAUCCAGCUCCAUGUCCCUCCAAGGGGGUCGUCAGAACAUCCCCUCCCGAAAUAGGAUCAUAGGGAAGAGGAGUGGAGAGGCUCCGUACCGGCCCUUCCAGCCCAUGCUGGGGUUCCCCAUGUACGGGAAGCCGUUUGGUCUCCAGUGUGGUGGCCCCGGACCUCUACACCUUCCACACUCAGCCACAGGCUCCAGCACAGGGACCUCAGGGGCUAGGGACACCCAGCCACCCCCCUCUCCCUCCAGCUCCAGUGGAUCCACCACACCCGCCCAGAACCAUCCUACCCCUCCUGGACCCGCCACUGGGGCCUCUGGGUCGGCUCCCAACUUGAGCGCCCAGGCUUCGGCCUCCUCUGCCCAGUCUACCCCUAGCCACCCCCCAGAGCUCCAGAAGAACCAGAACGCUGAACAAGGACCAAACCCCCUCCUCCCCUCCCUCUCCUUUGCUUCCGGGUCCUCCUCUUCCUCCUUUGAUGAAGAGGAUGAUGCUGAUGCUCUGGACCUUUCCGCGCCUCAGGAGGGGAAGAGGAAGCUUCGCCGUCGGCGCCGGCAGAAACGCCAGCCGCCCUCCGUCAGUACCGCCUCCCCGCCUCACCCCCCUGGCGCCUGCCCCUUGACCUCCAAUCCUCAGAGGGUCCCCGCCGAGGGCAACCCCGACUGGCACCCAGAGAUGGUGGCGAGCAGCGCCAACGUGGUCGUGACCGACGUCACCACCAACCUCCUCACCGUCACUAUCAAAGAGUUCCCCUCCCCCUCAUCCCGCCCCUCCUCCCCCCAACCAAUACUCCCAGAAAAUACCACCUCCUCACCCCCCCCACCACCACCCCCACUGAAGAACCCCCCACAAUCCAAGCCAUAGGAAGAGAUUAAAGAAGUGGAGAUGAAUGAAUUAGCCUGGCUCCCUGAUCUGUUUGUGCUGUCUUGGCCAACUCCUGUGGUCAUUGUCUGGGACCAGGCUAGGGAGUAAUGCUAUUUUAACACAGAAGGUUAAAAAAAAAACUUCCAAUAAUAAUGAAAUUCAGGCCAUUGAAUAUUGAAGAAGAGCGUUAUUUUUUUGAACAGAACUAUAAAAAGCUAACAGCAGGGCGUGCAAUAUACAUCUAUAAUAAUGCUGAUUUGUCUAUCUUUAUGCAGCAUGAUUUCUCUUCUGAGGAUCAAUAAAGUUUAUUCAAUUCAUGUCCACUUUCACAACCUUGACUGUUUGGAGGCUGGUAAUAGAAACCUUCAGUCAUAAUAACGUUCAAAUCAAUUCAAUCUUUAUUGUAGGGAAAUUCAUACAACCAAUAACAGUGUUUGUUAUUUGUUCAUAUUUAUACCCAUUUUUCCCAUUGGAAGUCCAACUCUAAGGUUUAAAUGAGGUGCUGAAAUGACGUUGCACUUGCUUUGUUGGGCUUCGGCAAUACUGCAUUUCUACAUUGAGAUAUUUAGCAACGCACUUGACUCCAUUAGUGACAACAACCGUAUUCUGUAUCAUUUCCGUAUCCAAUAUCCACAUGUGAAUUACAAGCCCUUCUUUUUUUCCUCUCUCUCUCGAAUGCACAGGCCUAUAUAAGUAUAUAUUUAUAUGCACGCACAAUGUUAAUUCAGCUGCAAAAAGAAUACAAAUAAGCGGUGAAAGCGUAGAAAGUUAAGUUAUUGCUUUUCUUAUUGCCAUGUUCCAACGCCUGCCUUUAACUCGCUGUCGCCUUCAAGAUUCCGGAAUGUUCAGUAUUCCUGGAACCUCAGUCAAGACUCUAAACUGACUCUCUAAUUAUUUAAGCCGUGGACUGCAUGGAGUGGGAUUAAUGAUGAUGUAGUAUGUAACCUAUCCACCGUGAACACGUCUGUUUGUACCUACCAGAUAUUCUCUGCAUCAUGUCUGUACCUACCUACCAGAUAUUCUCUGUGGAAUAACCUGUAGUCCAAACCUCUCAAUGGCCUUCUGAACCAGUUUGUGUUGGCGUUCUGAUAUCCUGGUCCCAGAUCUGACCAUCUUCUGGUGCUGCCCCUGUUUCUAUAGGGCCCCCCUCUCUCUGUCUCUGUCUCUCUCUCUCUCUGUCUGGUGUAUUUGUACAAUAUUAUUACAAUAUUUAAAAGCAUGUGUUGCCUUAUAGCUGCUCAGUUCCAACUCCACUGCAUCUCGUCCGUAUACUGUAUUAGAUGGCUGCACCAAUUUGUAAGUCGCUCUGGAUAAGAGCGUCUGCUAAAUGACGUA